AUGCCAAGGGACCUGCAAGGUACUUUGCGGCCCCAGCCGCGGCCUUCACCUGCCACUCCUCACACGCCCAUCACGCCACAUACGCCGAGGGAUCUGCAAGUGCACCUAGUAGACGUGGGCUCCUGCGGGUCGCUGGUGUCGUUUCGGGACUCGCCGCCGCCGGCGCCGCCCGCGCCGCACCCGCACCCGCUGAGCCACGACGACAAGCGGCGCCACCAGAUCCUGGCUGACAUCUGGACGGAGCUCAAGGGUCUGGAAGUAACUCCGGCCAACCUGGCGCGCGCACUGUCGGCGGUGGACCCGACGCUGUGGGCGCCGCCCGCGCGCCCCGCUACCCUCAGCCUCAGCAUGCCGCAGCCUUGCACCGAUGCUGUGUGCGGUACGGAGGAGAAAGUGACAGAAGAAGAAAGCGGCGAGGUGGGCGAGGCAGGAGCAGAAUCUCCUGAAAGCGGCGCCAAAGACGAAGGCUACUCCACCAUGUCCAGCGACGUGCAGGCCGACGCCUCGCGCCAGAGCGACCACGCCGCCGACCGCGCCCUGCCAGACCUCAACGAAGCCUCCGACGAAACAGACAACCAGACCAUCGUCUCCAUAAACCCUAGAGAAUCCAGGCGACAUGCCAGGCUACUAGCAGAAGCGGACUACAUCUACUUCCCCAUAGGAGUCGCCUUCGCAGGAGUCAGAGGCAGCUACCCGCCUUCAAGACCGGUUCUUCCCUUCCAGCAUGUAGUCAGAAGCUUCUCUGACUCCCACCUCUGUCUCAAGCUUCUAGCCAGCACCACGUGUCCGACCAGCUGCCUCGACAGCCCCACCCCCAGUUCUGGGGUCCUAGUGUUAGAUCUGAAGCCUGCUCCCGAAAGACCUCUCAGAAGACCCGCGAUCGCAUCCACUACGAGCUCCGAACGAGUCUCGUGGGGAAGCACCGUCGAUGACAGAGCAGACGGCUCUCAAUACGACGCCGACUACGUCCAGCAUUGGCUGGAAUUAGACGACGCCAGAUCAGCGCUGCAGCAACGACACAGAGACUUAGCGGAUCUAGAAUAUGACAGAGCCGAAUUAGAGGAUUGGAGCUUAUCGCUAUCGUGCGAGGAUCUCAGAGACAGACAGUCUCCUUUCGCUGAAAUAACCACCCCCGGUCAGAUUUCGCUGUCGACGUUGCCCAGCAUCAGAGAGGAUGAUGCUUUGGAAUUGGAAGAGGACGUCGGCGACUGCUUGUGGAAUGAUUGUGGAUUUGCUACUAUAGAAAUUGAUGAGUGCAGAAUCGCCGAUGAUACGGAUACGACUGAUAAGAGAUGGGAAUGUACUGGAACGCAUUCCCCUGGUGGUUCAUGGUCGAGUACUUCGGAUGUGCCAGAUAAAAGAUCCAGUACCGCUCUGAGUGAGGACGGUGACUGCGCAAACGUGGGUCUCGACUUCACCCGGGAUUUUUACCGUCUAGUGAAGUACGAAAGUACUAAAAGCUUAGCAUCAAAUUCCUCGAGAGGCUUGCCCGCGCAAGACGUCGGUAGUCACUUGCGAAUGCACGACGUGCAAGCAAUGGCGUUGCAGGAUCGCGAACAGGCGCUACAAAAUGUGCUCAAUUUCAUAGCGGAACAGCAGAAGUACUGCCGCGACAGGGAAGAGUCAGACUCUGUGUCCUCGCGGCCAGUAUCCGAGAUACGAGAGCUUCCUCCACCUUACGCAGCGGCUGACUUCGACGACGACUCAGUCGGUCCUCGCAGUGAGGUCUCAGAGGACAGGCAGAGGCCUGACUCCUUCGGAAGUUUCUCAGAAAACGACUCCUGCGAUUUGUUAUCGAACGAUCGUCCGAGAAUCCCUUAUUGUGAUACAGUGUCCGAACCGCGAUCGACGCCGCGUUUCAUCGAGCGCGAGGACCCAUACGCGGAGUCCGAAGACUACUACGACGAGUUCUCGCGAAUAGAAAACGCCGAAAACGAAAUAGACGAUCACCACCUCCUGAAAGUCCAGCGGAAGAACGAAAUAAAUAGGAGCAUCGAUAUAACUAAUUCCGGCGACGAGGAGCCGGCUUUAGCGCAGUCGAAGGACGACAGGGGUGAUAUGGAAUCUAGUCGAAGUUUGGACUUUUCGGCGUUGAAGGAGAACACUGUUAAUAUAAUGUUGAAUAAGGUUCCGGUCCAAGAAAGAGUGGAAUUGGACAGUUGUUUGAGCAAGUCUUCGAGCUUCACCUUCCCCAGUGGAGAACCGGAGAUAUCUCUCGUGGAGGAGGUUCUGAGUGCUUGCAGACGCAGCACGGGAGCCUUAGUUACCGUCCCAGAGGAGGAAGAGGGAUCGUCCCCCGAGACGAACUCCCCCCAAAUGACUGAAUCGAAUACGACAAGCACUUCUACAGCUGAAACUGUGAUAGUAAGUAAUAAGAGUGAGGUGACUUUUAAGGAUUUGAAGAGGAGUGACAAGAGUCGGAUUCCCACGUUGAUGGGCAAAAGGCCUCCGUCGUCCCCGAACAGGACGAGGUCUAAGAUACCCGUAGCGGAGAGAAGUCGGCCUCCCGCGCCGCCGCCUGAGCCGAUCAUAGUGAAACAAGAGCACACGCUGAGCUUCCACGAGGCGGCCACUUCGAAGGAUGUCAUCGAGGAGCUCAACAGAAUGAUCCGCCAGAGCGAGGCUACGGGCGAAUCACGCGAGGAGCCGCCGACGCAGCGUGACGCAGCGCUAUGGGCGCCCACCGGCUGGGUGCACGUCGAGCGUGACAUCGACUUCAGCGACCCCAAGGUGAGCCGCUGCUGCAGUGACGUCACAGCAGGCUGCUGCAGUGACGUCACAGCAAGCGACGCCGCGCUAUGGGCGCCCACCGGCUGGGUGCACGUCGAGCGUGACAUCGACUUCAGCGACCCCAAGGUGAGCCGCUGCUGCAGUGACGUCACAGCAGGCUGCUGCAGUGACGUCACAGCAAGCGACGCCGCGCUAUGGGCGCCCACCGGCUGGGUGCACGUCGAGCGUGACGUCACAGCAGGCUGCUGCAGUGACGUCACAGCAAGCGACGCCGCGCUAUGGGCGCCCACCGGCUGGGUGCACGUCGAGCGUGACAUCGACUUCAGCGACCCCAAGGUGAGCCGCUGCUGCAGUGACGUCACAGCAGGCUGCUGCAGUGACGUCACAGCAAGCGACGCCGCGCUAUGGGCGCCCACCGGCUGGGUGCACGUCGAGCGUGACAUCGACUUCAGCGACCCCAAGGUGAGCAGCUGCUGCAGUGACGUCACAGCAGGCUGCUGCAGUGACGUCACAGCAAGCUGCUGCAGUGACGUCACAGCAAGCGACGCGCUGUGGGCGCCCACCGGCUGGGUGCACGUCGAGCGUGACAUCGACUUCAGCGACCCCAAGGUGAGCAGCUGCUGCAGUGACGUCACAGCAGGCUGCUGCAGUGACGUCACAGCAAGCGACGCCGCGCUGUGGGCGCCCACCGGCUGGGUGCACGUCGAGCGUGACAUCGACUUCAGCGACCCCAAGGUGAGCAGCUGCUGCAGUGACGUCACAGCAGGCUGCAGUGACGUCACAGCAGGCUGCUGCAGUGACGUCACAGCAAGCGACGCGCUAUGGGCGCCCACCGGCUGGGUGCACGUCGAGCGUGACAUCGACUUCAGCGACCCCAAGGCUGCUGCAGGUGACGUCACAGCAGGCUGCUGCAGUGACGUCACAGCAAGCGACGCGCUAUGGGCGCCCACCGGCUGGGUGCACGUCGAGCGUGACAUCGACUUCAGCGACCCCAAGGUGAGCCGCUGCUGCAGUGACGUCACAGCAGGCUGCUGCAGUGACGUCACAGCAAGCGACGCGCUGUGGGCGCCCACCGGCUGGGUGCACGUCGAGCGUGACAUCGACUUCAGCGACCCCAAGGUGAGCAGCUGCUGCAGUGACGUCACAGCAGGCUGCUGCAGUGACGUCACAGCAAGCGACGCGCUGUGGGCGCCCACCGGCUGGGUGCACGUCGAGCGUGACAUCGACUUCAGCGACCCCAAGGUGAGCAGCUGCUGCAGUGACGUCACAGCAGGCUGCUGCAGUGACGUCACAGCAAGCGACGCCCACCGGCUGGGUGCACGUCGAGCGUGA